AUGGUAGUCAAAAUCAGAUUAGCCCGCUUCGGGCGGCGCAAAGCCCCUUUCUACAACAUUGUCGUUGCGCAAGCUAGGACAGCGAGGAAUAGCAAGCCGAUCGAGGUUCUAGGCACCUACGACCCGAUACCAAAGGCACCCGUGGACGGCGAGGGCAAGCCCUUCAAGGACAUCAAACUCGAUUCUGCGAGGGCAAAAUACUGGCUCGGAGUUGGCGCGCAGCCCAGUGAUCCUGCUUGGAGAUUACUGUCGAUGGCUGGAUUGCUGGAACCGAAAUUCCGCCCAAAAUCGACGAGUUGA